AUGAAGUUACAAUUGAACUUCCUCAAUCGUUUGUGAACAUAAUUUGUUAAUUAAAGUAAUGGUAUACUACGUACAUGUCCUUUAUUGUGCAGAUAUACAUAAAAUAACAUACUACUGAUCUUCUUAGUAAUAUAUUUAGGUGAAAAUUUUCACCAUAACCAACAGGGUUGCUUAUAAAAUAGGUAUAUCUCAUGAACAUGGCGUUCAAAGUAUCUUCUUCUGAUAGCGAUUUCAAUUCCCGAGUGAAUGACUUGUUCUCAAGCCUAAAUAAUGUUGAGAAAACACUGCCACAAGAUGGUCUAGUGUUUGAGUCUAGCACAUCAGGAUUGUUUCACAGGGAUAAAUUUGGCAAUUUGGCAGCGGCGUCUGCUACUUUUGAUGGGAGCUUCAAGAGACCCAAUGAAAGUAACAUUCCUCAGAAGAAACGAUUAAAAGGAUCAAAUAUUGCACCUGAUUAUGAGAAACACCCUGAGAACUGGACUUGCUACUCCAUGAAAGAUACUGAAGUACUUGACAACGCCCAAAACAAGGAGGCGUGUCUGCAACUGUUAGCAGAUUUGAGGCGAAAUAAAGCUGCAGAAGACUGUGAGAUGAUUGAUCUCGACAAAGAAAAAAUUAUCUUCAAGAAGCCACAAAUUAGAACAGCGGCCACGGAUGUGUCACGUGAAGACCCAGAAAAGCAAGACUCAGGUAUCGCUUCUGAUGUAGGCGGCUCCAAAAAGUUCGUUAUGGCUGAGCACGUUGUUGGGGUUGCCAAGAAAAAGAAGAAAAAAUCUGACAAGAGUCAAAAUAGCCACGUGAAAAGUGAUCGAGAUCGGGUGAACUUAAGUUACCUACAAUUUGACGAUGGCGAGGAUUGUAAUUAGUUAUGCUCAUUCUACAUACUAGCUGCAGAAGUUAUUCUCAAUUCGAGGUUGCAUUAAAAACUGUGGUUUUAUGUCGUUACUUUUAUUUUUGUUAUUUGAAAAGUGUUGUUUCAAGUUGCUUGAACUUGUUAAAAAAUGACUUGGAUUCAUUUUCACCCUGUUGGUCGCAUAUAGGUACCUAUAUGAUAAUUUCAUUGUAGUAUAUUUUCAUAAGUACUUCAGAAGUAGGUUUCGGAUUCAGUAGUAAUGAAAAAUAUUAAUAAUGUUAAUAAAAUAUUAAUAAUUUAGCACAACGCGCAUUAGUAAUUAGUUCCCAAAUGGCACAGAACAAAAAUUAAAAACAACAGCACCAUGAAAUUGAUUGAAAUUUCUUGUAUGUUAAAGAGCAACAAAAUCCUUGACGGCAUCAACAAUUAGUUUUAAUAAGGUAAAUUAGGAGAAUCACGAUCACGAGUCAUUCUUUAUUUACCUUUCACGAUGAAAUUGACUGCGAUUUAUUGAUCUAAUUGUAGGAUGUAUGCUGGAAAUGGAUUAGUUAACAAUAAAUUAUUAUUACUGAGAAAUAUUCAAUGUAACUAUAUUAUAAGCGAUGACCUGGAUUAAAUAAAAGCUUUUGGCACUCAAGGACACAAGCAAACUGAG